CGACCAACACCCACGCCAGCUGCAUCAAAACACGCACUCCGCUCGAGGAUUGGGACACUGGACACAGGAGCCAGAAGCCAGGACACACACUAUGCCCAGCGUUAUGGGGCCACCGCAAAAAUCCGGGAAAGGCAAUGGCCCACAUGCCAACAGUUCAUUAAUGAUCUAUGCAUUAAUGUGGCUCUCGUUGGCCAUGACAAUGGAGGCCCUGGAUGCCCCACUGCCUCUGGCCCUGCCGGAAUUCCCGCUCCUGCCGCGGGAACACGGCCUACACCAGUACCAGGAAGCGGGUGCGGAUUCGUUGACGGGAUUAACAGGAUAUACGCGAAAUUAUUAUGGCCCCACUGACACUGCAACGGCCGAUGACUUGGCAACAUAUGGAAAUUAUGCUCACAAACUCCUGGCCACCAGUACCCACCACCAUAGUCAACCACAUCCGCAUCCUGUCGCCUCCUCCUCCCUGGGCACCACGGCCAAUGGCUUUGCGCCCUUCUACUAUGGCGGCAAACUGCAUUCGCACUCCCAGCUCACCGAGGAUGAGGAGCCGCGCCGCGACCCAUCGGCCAAUAUCGAUUUUGUCAUUAAUACGGCAAAUUAUGAGCCAAAUUCCGCUGGCUACGAGGAGGAGCCACAUCAUAGGGAGCCCCAUCACUACGAAAGCUAUGCAUAUCGGCCGCGUGUGGCCUUUCCCACGUCGCCCCCCGGUCAUUACCAUUUCGAACCAAUUUCCAAUUAUCGGGAGAACCGGGAGAACCGGGACAACAGGGAGAACAGGCAGCAGGAGCAGCGGGAGGAGCAGGAGGAUAAUUCCGGUGUCUAUGCGCGGCUCAAAGAGCUCCAAACACUGGCUAACCCAGUGAAGCGUCAGCAGGAGGCCUCCUUGUCGAGCCACCAUCAAAGUCAGGCGCUGCCGGGCAGACACCAUGGACAGCACCAGCAGCAACAUCAGCAAUACCAGCAGCAACACCAGCAGCAAUAUCAAAAGGAGAAGCAGCAACAGCUGCACCAAUCUCUUGCAGAUCACAGACAACAACAGCGCCUGGGAGUGGCCCAGGAUCAGCAGCUGUUGUACUCCCACAGGGACACCCAAGUGGCGGAUCUGCCGGCCGUAACCACCAGUGUUCGCCACACGCCAGAGAGCAGUAAGGCCGUGGCUGGGCUGCCUCUAUCCAAGCACAUCGAGAUCACCAAGAGUGUCCCAGUCACCCACUACCAGAAGCAGCACGUCCCCUACAAGCAGACCAUCCAGGUGCAAGUGCCCCGCACCGUGAUCGCAGCCAUACCCAAGCCCAUGCCCAUUAAGAUACCGGUGGCCCAGGCGGUGGCAGUGCCUCAGCUGCAGGAGGUGAAGAUUCCCAUCGAGCGGGUGAAGCCAGUGGCCGUGGAACGACCCAUUCCCUUUGUGGUGGAGCGCAGGGUCCCCUACCGAGUGGAGAAGCCGGUGGUGCAGCCAGUCUACUAUCCGUAUCCGGUCAAAGUGCCAGUGGUGCGCACGGUGGUGCACAAGCAGCCACCCCACUACGUGGCGCCCGGCUGGAGUGCCACCGGCAAUCAUCUGCUGGGCUGACAGGUCAGCAGCUGCCUUUUCAACACUCUACUAUGUAUGCAUAUAAUGUUAAGUCCUAAAUAAUAAAUUCUUAACCUGGUUUCAAGCGA